AUGGGUGAAGCCGACGAUCGUGAAAGUCAGAGUGGAUCAGCGCCACCUGCUUCUCUGAUGAGGAGACACGAGAGGAUAUUUCGUCUUGAUUUUGAGCAAAUCAAAGAGGAUGUCCUGAAGCUCACAUUGGGAACAGGAAACGUCGUAGUUGUAGAAUCUAGACUGCAGGAAUUACGACAACUCAAGAAAGAAUACUUCAAGGUCAGAAGUGACAUUUUAGAUAUCUUGUCAGAAGAAGAGGUAGAGGAUGAGUGUCAGAACAUAAGCAUGUUUCACCGGGAAUUUAGGCGUGUUGAUGAUAAAGCGACGAGCUAUAUAAAAGAAGUUGAAGCAGAAGUUUCACGGUCAAGUUCCUCAUCCGAUCAGAGUGUACACCACUUAACAAGCAGAAGCAGGAAUGCAGGGGCAAUAAAGCUGCCAAAAUUGGAUUUGCCUACGUUUAAUGGAGAUAUAACUGCGUUUUGGGACUUGUUCACUUGUGCAGUGCAUGCAAAUGAGGGAUUAUCUGGUGUACAGAAGUUUGCUUAUUUGAGAUCAUCCUUGAAAGGAGCUGCUUUAAAAUCUAUAGAGGGAUUUGAAGUGACAGAAGUCAACUAUCAACAUGCAGUAAAGGUACUCUGUCAAAGAUUUGGUCGCAAACGUCAGAUCGUCUCAUCACUGGUGAAGUCCAUUGUCACAGCAACCUGUAAGGAUUCUGAGAAAGCUACGUCACUGCGCGAACUCCACGACUUGCUACAGAAUAGGGUGCGUGCCUUGGAAGCCAUGGGAUUUGACUCAACAGAUGAAAACGUUCGAAUGCUGGUAAUUCCGCUGCUUGAAAUGAAGAUGAGUCCAGAGCUUACAGAGAAAUGGGAGUUACACACAGCAGAUAUUGAUGAUGAUGAUAUCACAGUCAAUUCAAUCUUCCAGUUCCUACAUAACCAGGUUUUGUCUAAGGAAGCAAGGGAGAGGACUUCAGGAGCAUCAGCUGGGAACAAGCCAGUUGAUAAACAGCAUGGACCAGGGAAACAGUCGAGGUAUAACCAGGGUUAUCAUACGGGUAACAAGAGCAAAGAAUUAACAGCAUCAGCACUUCUUGGCGGCACAAGGAGCAUCAGUUGCGGGUUUUGCACUAGAAGCGGACAUGAGGCUUGGGACUGUAAAGAAGCCAAGAAGAAGACAGUCAACGAACGUGGGAUUUAG